AUGUUUCCUUGGACUUCCAGGCAGGAAUGCGUAGCAAAAGAAGAGAAUCCCCAAGUGUUUUUCUGCUGUUGUGAGGGCAACUAUUGCAACGAGAAAUUUACCCAUUUACCAGAUGGUAAGUAUCCACAUGACCGCAUUUACCUUGCAGGUGUAAGGAUAGAACAGGCAAAGUGCCUUUUGAUGAGAGGAGUAUUCUGAAUCUCCCAUAGAUUGUGAGUUAUUGGGAUCAGGAUAUCCUGCAACAUUUUUACAUUUCUAGAGCACGGCGGAAUAUGUUGGCGCUAUAUGAAUAAAUUAUGAAAAAGUUUGAUGUUCAUGUGAAAUACACUGUAAACAGCAGCUGAUAUACAGAACAGUUUGGAAUGUUAAAAAAGAAAGAAAAAAAAUUUACAACAGAAAUCCAUAGAUUGCUAUUAAGACGGAGAUGGGUGUUUUUCAUUAUCUUCAUACCAUGUGUAAAAACUUGGGCCCAGAUUUGAAUAUAUUUUUUUUUUAUAAGCUUUUCAAAUGAAUUAAUAGUUUAGGAUAAAAAGAAAUAUAUAUAAAAAAAAAUUAUAAAAUAUAUCCACAUAUUAGAAUAUUUUUCAAAAAUAGUAAAAUCUGGUCCUUGGUUGGAAUCUACAGGUUAAUUUAUGCAAACUGCUACAUCAGUCAGAGUAAUUCUUUAACGGAAUUGUCAUUUCCUCAGGGCGAGAGUUAGAUCACACCCCCUGGUAACUAAAAGGGGGUCACCCAGGGAAUCCAGUCUAGCAAUGUGCCGUUUGCUGGGUCUUCAGGGAUUAGCGGUUGAAACCCGGCCUACAAAUAUAUUGGUCUGUUAAAGAAGACUCCUUCCUAACUGCUGUAAAGGACAGGAAGAAACACUGGUGGAAGGGGUAUACAUGUUUAUAUUCAUUUCAGAGCCCUAUUUCCUGUCCUUUCUGCUGUGAGAGAAGGAGCUAACCCAUAGGUAAAUGCUGGCAUUUGAUCAGGAAAGGAUCUUGUAUAAAAGAAAACAUUAAUCAAAGUUUUGAUCUUUAUGUAAAUGCAAUACAACUUCCUUCUUUUACUUUGUUUUAAAAAUUUGCCUAUCCUUUCCAAACGUUUUUCUUUCCACAUGUUACUUUCAAAUAGUUUCAAACUUGGGGAAUAAUGGUAUUCAUGGGUCACCGCCCUCCCCAACCUCUGUCUUGCCCAACCUUUGUGAAAUAUUUAAAUUAUGAUUGUUCAAUCGAAUUGUUUACACAAACCCAAUACUUGUUAAAUAACAUUACAAGUGUUCUGCUGCCCAGACAGUGGGUACAAAUUGACAAACAAGGUUCUAGCCUAAUGUGUGCACAUGGUUUGGGCAUUAUUACAGGGUUUGAUAUUUUUUUUAGAGGACAUGUAAGACCAGUAGAAGAAAAACGAUAACCAUACAAACGAGCAAAUAAAUAAAAUCAAAGAGAAUGUGCUUAUUUAGGUUACUGUAAAAUGAAGGCCAUAGAUAGCAUUAUGUCAUUAUGUAAUAUAUUGCCAUUCAUUAAUGUUUAAUACACCAAACCUAGAAUUCAUUCUUGAUCGAACCAGUUCAAACAUUGCCACUUCCACCAAUCAAAGACCAGAGAUGGCCUCUGUUAACCCAAGAUAGAUACAUGGGGAAUUAUGCCAAAGUUCUCGGUUCUAAAAAGUGGUUUAAUGUACUAAACAUGGUUUAGUGACCAUGGAAACCGGUGGAACCAGCAAGCAUAUUCUAUUAAGAAAGGUUUACUUUUACUUUAUUUAUUAUUAUUCAUAGGGGUUUUUUUGCACUAUGUUUUAGAACAGAACAUUCUGAUAAAUCUUUCCGAUAGUUUCUUCUACCCAAAACCCAUUUUCUCUGCACCUCAUUUGUCCAAAUGUAGUCAUAAACGUGUGUACCGUUAACGAGUUCAUCUUUAUGCAUGAAUCAACAUAAUAUGUUUACCUUGGAGAUAAAAAGGAGAAAAAAAACAUGUUGAAUGCUUGUUAAUUUAUUCUGAUGAGAUUUUUAAAUUUCUGAGCGUUUUGGCAUGUGUAGUAAGUAAAGGAAUAAUCUUUUUCCUCAAUAGCAUAAAAUGUCUGUAAACAGCACUGACAUUUUUAAGCCUGUUAAUUUUUUAUUUUUUUUGCUGCUAUGGCAACAAAGUUCUCCAGCCAGUCAGUGAUUUCCCCUUGUAUCAUAUGACUGUAGGCUAGAAUUAAAAAGGUAGGUGAUGUUUCCCUUGUCUGUUAACAGAACAGGAGGACAUGAUCUCAAUUAAGAAGACAGAAGAAUCCUUCUUUACAUAGUUACAUAGACCGAAAAGAGAAAUGCAUUCAUCAAGUUUAGCCUUUCUGACAUCAAACUCAGUUGGAAGUGCUUUCCAAUUUUGCAACAAACUAGCGGAAAAAAACAUUUUUGCAAGUAUUCAUCCAGCUGCUGUUUAAAUAUCUGUACAGACUCUGAUAAAAAAAAACACCUCUUCAGGCAAAUAAUUCCACGUCCUUAUUGUUCUUACUGUAAAAAAACCCUUUCCUUUGCCUUAGACUAAAUCUCCUUUCUUCCAGUCUAAAUGCGUGACCUUGUGUCCUAUGUAUAGUCCAAUUUUAUGAAUAGAUUCCCAGACUGUGGUUUCUAUUGGCCCUAAAUACAUUUGUAUAAUGCUAUCAUAACCCCUCUGAGGCGUAAAUUUUUCGAAACUAAACAGAUUUAAAUUUAACCUUUCUUCAUAACUAAAAUGCUCCAUUCCUUUUAUCAAUUUUGUAGCCCGCCUCUGCACUUUUUCUAGUGCCUUAAUGUCCUUCUUUAGAACAGGUGCACAAAAUUGCACAGCAUAUUCAAGGUGUGGUCUUACCAAUGAUUUAUAAAGAGGCAAAAUUAUAUUUUCUUCCUGAGAAUUUUAAUGCCCUUUUCAUACAUGACCAUACCUUACUGGCCAUACUGCUGAUUGACAUUGCCUAUUGUUGCCUAGUUUGUUGUCUACUAGCAUUCCCAAGUCCUUCUCAUGUGUUGUCCCUAAUUCACUACAGUUUACGCUUUAAGUUGCUAGUGCUUUCUUCACAUCGAAUUACAUAACUUUGCAUUUAUCUACCCUAAAUUUAAUCUUCCAUUUGAAUGCCCAGUCCCCCAAUAUAUCUAAAUUCCCCUGAAGUAAAAUAAUAUCUUGCUCACGUUGUAUUACUUAACAGAGUUUUGUGUCAUCUGAGAACACUGAAACAUGGCUUUCAAUUACUAUUUCAAGAUCUUUUAUAAAUAUUUUCAAUAGAAGUGGUCCCAGAAUCAAACACUGAGGGAUACCGCUUACCACUUUUGUCCAGUUUAAACAUUUAGCAUUAAUGACAACUCUCUGUAUCUUUUUUUAAGCCAAUGUUCUACCCAAGAACAAACAUUUUCAUCUAGAUUUCUUAUCAUUUGAACACUAACCUUAUUUUGUCGAACCGCCUUGGCAAAAUCCAAGUAGAUCACAUCCACUGCAACACCAUGAUAUAUACUUCUACUUGCUUUUUCAUAAAAUGCAAUUAAGCUAAUUUGAGAUAACACAUGUUAUUUAAAACCAUACAGAUUUUUGCUAAUAACCAUAUUCUUCCCAGUGAAUUCCUUAUUAUCCCUCAAAGACUCUUAAAAUAUUUUACCAGCCACAGAAGUUAAAUGGAUACUCCACUGCUCAAACACAAAAUAAAUAAAUUCACUGUUUAGUAGAUAUACCCUCAAUGGAAACAUACAUGAAGUUAAUAAUGCAUUUUUUUCAUUAGGGGGUUAUAUCUGAAAACCGCUUAUAAAACAUGCAUUUCUCAUGUCUGCAUCAUUUGCAAGCCCUCCCCUUCUAACGCCACCCAGACUUCCCCAACUGUCCAAUCAUAGACUUCCCAAUGCAGCUCAGUGAGAAGGGCUCUGGGCAAUUGCGGCCUCUUGAGUUUUGCUCCGCUGAACUAACAUAACCAGGAAGUAACAGGAUUGAUUGCUUGAAAGCCAGAGAGAUGUAACCAGGUAAAUUCAUGAACUUUUUUUUAUUGAAAGCUGCACUUUUUGCAAAAAAUAAAUAAAAAAAGACACUCUUCACACACACAGCUUUUCAGCAAGCUAAAGUGCUUUAGGGGUUUCUAGGCAUAGAUUUGGAACUCUUUUUGAAUAUAGGAACAACAUCUGCCUCCAGUACAAUUCCUGAAAGAAAAUUGUUUGCAGCAAUCAUUUGCCCAUCUCUAGCCAUAGGUUCCUCUUUAAUAUAUACUAAGGGAAAAAAAAAUAUUUAACAUUUCUGCCUUUUCCUGGUCUUCAAUAACUAACACACUCUCUGUUUUUAGUGUAACUACAUAAGCCACAUUGGUUUCAAUUUGUUUCUUCUAUAUUUAUUACCCAAUGGUACAUAUUGAUUACUAUACCUUUCUAAUAUUUGUUUGAAGUUAUUUCAUUUAUUCCACGUGCUCCCCCACUUGAAUGUUAAUCAAAAGAUAAACAUUGUUUGUUAUAAGCAGAUCCACACAAGCAUCCUUUCUAAUUGGUGCUUGUACCAGUUGUGACAUGGAAGUGUCAUUUAACAAGUUUAAAAACCUGAUUCCCCUUGUUGAACUACUAGUAUCUCUAUCCCGAUUUAUGUCCAGGUAAUUAAAAUCUCCAAAAAUUAACUCAGCCCUUGCCUUUGCCAAACAGUCAUACUUUUCCUCUCUCAUUAGUUCGUGCUCAUGCAAUCCCAGGCAUCUCUUUGACACCUUUAACUCUCUUCUUCGCCCUGCUGUGGCCACCCCCCAAACUAACCUUACAGCUAAUAGCUUUGCAUGCUACUUUAUCGACAAGAUUGAACAGCUAAGGAAAUAAUUCUCCCCACCUUGCCGUUCUUUCUCAACCACACGUUGAUCAUGCCUUUCCUACCCUUCAAACUUUCUCCCCAUCUACUGAACAAGAGGUGGCUUGAUCCUGUCCUAUCUUACCUUAUCAGAUCUCUCUCCCCCUGUCUUGUUCCUUCCUUAACACACAUGUUCAACUGCUCUCUUUUGGCAUUGUCCUUGCUGGCCUUAAACAUGCCACUGUAGUACCUAUCCUGAAAAAAGCAUCUCUUAACCCAUCCCCCCCUCUAACUAUCGUCCAAUAUCCCUGCUCCUUUUUUCCUUAAAGCUUCUGGAAAGACUUGUCUUUACCCGUAUGUCUCAAUUCCAACUCUCUUGACCCUCUUCAAUCUGGCUUCCGCCAUCUCCACUCUACUGAGACUGCUCUUAUCAAAGUUACUAACGACCUAAUGCAGCUGAAUCCAAAGCCAUUACUCCAUAUUAAUUCUUCUUGACCUCUCAGCGGCCUUUGACACCGUUGAUCAUGCUCUCCUACUUCAAACUCCUCAAUCACUCGGUCUCUGUGACUUUGUCCUCUCUUGGUUUUCCUCCUAUCUCUCCCAAUGCUCAUUCAGUGUCUUCUUUUCUAAUGAUACCUCCUCCUCUCUUCCUGUCUCGGUUGGGGUCCCCCAAGGUUCUGUCCUUGGUUCCCUUUUAUUUUCUCUUUAUACUGCCUCUCUUGGCAAACUUAUUACCUCAUUUGGAUUGCACUACCACCUGUAUGCUGAUGACACCCAGAUAUAUCUCUCCUCCCCAGAGCUCUCCCCUGCCGUCCUGCAACGUGUCACUGCUUGCCUUUCUUCCAUCUCUGACUGGAUGUUCUACCGCUUUCUGAAACUCAAGCUCUCUAAAACUGAGCUCAUUGUCUUUCUUCCUCCUAAUACUGAUCCUCCUCUUUCUCUCUUCCUUCAAGUUAGUGGUAUCCACAUAAGUCCAUCCUUGCAAGCGCGCUGUCUUGGCGUCAUACUUGAUUCUGGCCUCACCUUUGAGCCGCACAUCCAGUAUGUUGCCAAAUCCUGUAGAUCCCGCCCCUUUCUUACGCAAGAUUCUACUAAGGGGCUUGUCCAUGCACUAGUAAUUCCCCGCAUGGAUUAUUGUAAUCCUCUCCUAAUUGCUCUUCCCAAAAGCCGUAUUGCCCUGCUACAGUCUGUAAUUAAUGCUGUCGACUGACUGAUUUUCCUCUCCAGUUGGUCCUCUCACACCUCACCCCUCUGUCAGUCCUUACAUUGCCUUCCUGUAUCCUAUAGGAGUCAAUUCAAAGUUCUAACCCAAAUCUAUAAAGCACUGAACAAUUCUAGCCCCUCUUAUAUCUCUUCACAGAUCCAUAGGUAUGCCCCUUCUCGGUCUCUCCACUCUGCCCGUGACCUUCUCCUGUCCGAUGAUCGCGCCCUUCCGGCCAACUCACGCUUGCAGGACUUCCUAAGGAAUAGCCUGCCUACCCCCAUCAGCCUCUCCCCUAGUCUUCAAUAAUUUAAAAAGUGCCUUAAAACCCAUCUCUUUAGGAAAGCUUAUGGCCUCUCUGAGUAACCCCUACCUCACAUACCUAUCUCUUACUCUCUCCUAAAGGGCAGCACUCUACUCUGUCCUCCACUGCUUCACUCCCGCCUUAUUUGAUUGCUAUUUUUUGUCCUAAUAUGAUUUUUAAUGAAGUAAGCAUUGCUGAUUAUCAUUUGUGAGGCACAGGGCUGUUUGAAAAGUAAAGUUGUCGAGUCUGCAAUCGGUGUGUGUUCUUGUGAUGCAACCUCUUCAAUAAGCCGUUCUGGUUAUGUUGCUUGCAUUUUCCAUUUAAAUAGCACUAUAACCACCAUAGCUUAUUGUAGUGGUUACAGUACAAAGAGUUUGAAUUUUGCAUUACUCAUAGAAACUUGUAGCCUGUCCUUGAAGUACCAGGUUGAACAGUUAAUGCCGAAGUAAACUACUGCAACAUUGUCCGAGCCACAGAAUGUGAAUUACACAUUGGUUGCUAAAAAACAAACAAAAAAACCCCCACAGCUCUCCCUUCCCUCCACCCCCCAUCCUUUAAACUGCUCAGAAUGGUUUGAUGCAAACAGAGGGAGGGGGCUUAAAUCCUCUUUGCACCAUAACCACUGCAGUAUUGGUUAUAAUGAAAUACUGUCAUGUACUGCACUGUGCUGUCAAAUAACAGAAAAUAGAGAUUUAUGGAUUCAGGACUAAUCUGCAUUGUUAGAUUAUUGUUUGUAUUGUAUUCCGGAUGAUCCUCGAGGAAGGAGAUUUGUGUUACCCAUGUGUCGCUCUUCUGAUUCUUGAACAUUUCCAAUAUCUUACUAGCAGACAUGAUCAGCUAUGUUUAUUUGGAAUAUAAAUCCGUGGUCACCUCGAGUACUUUUAAAUCUGUAACUGUUUUGUAACUCUCUUCUGCUACUAAAGAUGAUCAAAGGCUAAUGCUUUUAUUGAAUUGGCCAUCCUUGCUACUCCCUAAUACAUUUAGCAUGUUGCAGAGGAUUUAUAACCGAGCAUCAUCUAAAACAGAAUUUUUGCUGCAAGAGAGCGUCUCACGUUGGACAAAGAAUGCUCUACUUCUGCGAAGUUCAGCUCCUUUGUUCCUGCAGCAUUCAGUAAAUCCUUGAUCUUUUCUCGAAGAACAGCGAUUUUGAGCUGUCGUAGAAAGGGUGAGGCUAUAGAGGUUGUAGAAUGAUUAUUUUUCAGAUUCCAUACAGGACAGACCUCCCAUUGUAUUGUUUUGUCUGCUAUACUGAUGUUGCAAAGUCCCCUCUUUUGGGAUUGUGCCAUUAGCACAGUGCAGACAGACAUUAAUCAGCUGCAGUGAGGCGCUUUUUUAUUAUUUUUUUUCCCCUUCCCCAAACAGCGCAUGCAUUCCCCAAGGAAUUCUCCAGUGUCCGAGACACCAGAUUAGUCAAACUUUGUGCUUAUGUAGAAAGUCUCCAAAUGUAGUCAUUAGACAAUAAACUGAGGGGAGUUGUUUUUAAACUGUUAUGCAAUCAUAUGUGAUUACAUGAACAGCUGCAAGUCAAGAGAAAAUGUUUCCCAGUAUGUGUGAGAUCUUUAUGGGAAUGAACAAAACCGAGGGAACAAAAAAUAAAGUAUUUGACUUGGAGGACAAAAAGUCCACCUGCCCACUACAAGGCUUUGGGAAUUGUCAUAUUACAUUUUGUUUUCAAUCGCAUCAGUCAUAUAUUAAAAAACAUUUUAUUGGUGAUUUAGCACUUUGUUUAAGUAUUGUGACUUUUUAUUUUUAAUUUCAAAUUUUUUUUUUUUUUAGUAUUCUUAUCUAUUGGUAAUGGUACUUUAUUGUAAUUGUGGUGAGAUUUUAUUAUUCUUUGUGAUGGAACAUACUGUAUGUUAUAUAGAGAGACCCCCUUCAUGUGAUCACGAAUUUCAGUCCAAACCAUGCGUAACCCUUCCUCUAAUAAUGUAACGGACUAAAUUAUAGGUAUAGGCAGGUAAAGUUACAUUGUGGAGGAAAAUUGGAAUUGUGCUGGUAAAGGUAGGUGAGAAUAGCAGGGGCUGUCUAGAUCAGUGGUUCUCGAGCCUGUUGGUGUUCCUCAAGGAUUUUGUUGGGAAACCCUGAUGUAGAUUAUACAGUGAUCGUGAUUUUGGGUUCCAGGAUGGUCAACUGAAUCCCACCCAGUUCUACAUGCAAAGUGAAUCUAAAAAUCCUUGGGUUUUACAAGUCUAAAUUUGGAGGAAGAAGAAAUUAUUGUUCUAAUGUCUGAAGAUAUUUACUUUUAUUGAAAUGCCAUGAAAAUAUACAUAAAAAGUAAUAUUGUCCUUUAUAAAUCUCUUCUAAAUGAGAAUAUUGCUUAAUUUUAUUAGCUCCAUGAAAUCAAUAAGCUAUCUAAUUCAAAAUAUGUUUUGUAUAUGAAACUUUUCUUUAAAUUUAUUUCCUUUUUUAUUCUCCAAUUCUUUUUGUAACUUUUUUUGUUUUUAUUUAUUUUUUUAUUAAAGAAUAUGGAGCAAGAAAAUCGUCGGCCAGAUAUAUAGUCAAACAUGGUAAGUAUAAUGAGCAGGCGAUCUAAAUCACAUGUUCACAAUGAAUUGGAUUUUUGAAUAGCUUCUUUUGUACGUUUUAGUUGUCUUGUUUCUUGUAAAAGUGCCCGUUAUAAAAGAAAAGAAGAAAAAUGCUCUUUCUUAUCCCUACGGUACCUCUAAAGAUAUACAGAAUGUGAGCGUUUUCUCACACAAAUGCUUUGCAAAUCACAGAAAAAGUAAGAUAAUUACACACAAAUGGAGAUCCAAAUUAUUGGAUCAUUUCAUUAAUAGUAUUCUGGUUUAUAAAAUAUAGCACCAACAUUUUCCGCAGCUCUGAAACCAAUACUUGACAGAGCGAGUCCAAAAAAAAAAUACUUGAGGUUGUGUAGAUCUCUGCUCUAAUGUAAUGUAUGUGCAAGGUUGUGUGUUUAGUUGAAAAACCUGUUUCUAAGUUUAUUGACCAUGAUUAACUUCUAUUUCUUUCUCCUCUUCCCCCCUUCCCCCCCCCCCAUUUUUUUUUUGUCCUCUUCUUUAUUUAGGGACAUUUGAUGCAAAGUCACAACCAGCAGCCUCAUUGUUGAACAUUUUAGUGUAUUCCCUUCUUCCUAUUGCUGGUCUCUCGAUGGCCAUUCUCUUAGCGUUUUGGAUGUAUCGCCAUCGAAAGCCUCCCUAUGGGCAUGUUGACAUUAACGAGGUGAGUUUUCCUUCACCCCUUUGAUGACGAGGAGCUGGUACUGAGAUUCGAGCCAUUUUCACAUUUUCCCUUUGACAUGAAGGUUCAGUAUUUCUUGUGUCUACAAAAGGGCACAGUGAGGCAGAUAUACCUUGUACACAAACCAUUUUUGGUUUUUGAUAUUCCCUUUCUAUGCAAUCCUUAAGGGAAUUCUGUACACACAUCAAGUGUUGAGUUUGAGAUGAGUAAACAAGCUAGAACGUUUGCAGAAGGCUUCUUGUAUAUGAUCAGAAAAUAGAAGAAUAAAUAAGUCAUUGGUACACUAGUCAUGAAUGGAAACCUCAGUGAAAGCAUGUUUAAACUAGGAUUUGCAAUUUGUUUUAUUUUUAUUGUAAAUGAAUAUGCAAAGAAAGGGAAAUUGGAGCAUUGAUGAGAUAGUUAAUUAAUUACGAGUUUUGUGUGGUCUGAUUAAGUUCGCACAGGUGAAUGUGGUUUAUAUGCUGUUUAAAGGGACAUCUCAAAGUGAGAGAGUUGGAUAAAAAAAAUAGAAUUGUUUAGAUAUUUUAAAAAGGGAAUAUAUAAAGACUUACAGAAGGGUAAAAUGAAGGAAAUAUAUAUUUUUUCCUAUUUAUUUAUUUUAUUAAACAUGCUCUAGAAAAAAAAAGCAAAAAUAUAUUUUUUUCAUGUUUUUAAAGUUUGUAUAUCUUUUAACUGUUUAGAAACUAGCACACUACAGCCUUCAUUUACCUCUGUCUAUUUAAAUGAGACGUUUCUGGUCUAUCACAGACUUUCGGUUUACUUUUCCUUUAGGAAAUUUAGAGCGUUUUUAUAUUUUUCUGAAAAAUUUAGUAGGUAUACCUACUAAAUAUUUUCUUUUGCAGGUUUUCAUUGGGAGUAUAGGGGAAAAUACGUGGCAAUAGCUGCAGAUGUAGUAUCUGUAGGUAUUGCAAGCCCAUCCCUCUUUCACCGCACAGACUGCGUUGCCGAAUCUCUACCAACUAGCCGUAUUCACUGUUAUCAGUACUGUGCUACAGCUUACAGAGAAGUAUUAACAGGCGCACUCUAGCCAAGCUCAGUGGAACUAACAGAAAAAAAACACUUACUGUCAGACAGUGUUACAGCUGUAAUUUAUGAAAGUGUCAAUUUUUGUUAAAAUUGGCUUUUUUAUAAAUGGAAGGAAAGAACACAGGCACAAACAGACACACAAAGCAAUUUAGCAUGUUGUGUUUAGAAUGUUGCUUUACGAUGUUAAGAAUAUUUCCAGUUACUAUGACAGAAAGAUUGGCCAUGUAAUACCCUAGGGUGUACAUACACAAAGCUUGUAUGUACCUUUUCUUUAAUCUCUGUGUUUGUUCCAGACUAGUAAAGUGCAUUUUGUUUUGUUAUCUAUCACACAUUUUUAACCUGUAGCAAAACACGGUUGACUAGUGUCCCUUCAGUUUCAUUAUGUUUGUUUAAAUCAAUCGAUUUUAAUCAUUUAAUUAUGCAUGAGCAAUUAGCUGAUGCCUGACCACUGGAAAUUUCCAAUCUGUAACAGAUUUAAUUUCAAUGCACGCUUUUCUUAUGACAUUAAAAUUAAGAAAUUAAGUUGUGUGGGUUUUUUUUUGCGCUUUUUAAAAUGGUUUUAAACCUGUUUAGUUGGUCUUUUUGCAGUGCAAUGGAUUGUUCGUGAAUGGUGCACAAUUACUGUGCUUUUACUUCUGAAGUGCUAAUUGCCAAUAAAAUGUUACAUGCUUUAAAUCGAAAGCUUUAUGACUUUGCUGCAGUAAAGGCCCUUGUAGGAGGAGUACUUCAUCAAACCAGCAUCAUCGUAACUGACGUGAUCUGCAGUGAAAGUAGCUCUUGUAAACUUGCCAACACCGUAAAAGCCAAAGCGACCCAGAACCUUUUCUAACUGCAUGUGGAGCAUUUAGUUCUGUUAAAACUAGUCUCUCCUGUAACAACCUGGAGCACGCAAAGAUGAUUUAAUUUAAAGAGGCAGUGUCAUGUUUCUGUUAGUAAAGUUUUGUAAUGUAUUUUUGGUGGCAAAUUUCAAUUUAGCUUUAGUCAGUCUUUUGACUAAAAAGCUAUUUUAGUUUUAGUCGUAUUUUAGUCAUCUGAAUUGUUUGUCUAGUUCUGGUCGACUAAAUCUCCAGUCGAUUUUAUUCGAAACGACUAAAAAUGGGUUUAGUUAAAGCCUCUAUCUGUCUCUUUUGCCCCCCUCCACAGCCCUUCUGUGCAGUAUUAAUCUUGGCUGCAAAUUUAAAUUUCGUUUUUUGUGAUAGUCUUUUGACUAAAAAGCUGUUUUAGUCGACAAAAUCUCAAAAAUUUUAGUUGAGUAAAAUUUUACUGAAAUUGUUAGUUGACAAAAUUAACACUGAAUUAUUGUUGUUUGCAGAUGUCAUUAUUCCUUGUUUUCUUUUUUUAAUCUAUUGUGGUCUAUGCAAGCUGCAUAAUCUAUGGGUUAAUGUAUCAUUAGUGUAUUGUUAAUUUACAUUUCCAGUGUGGAGCACAAAUCCAGUUAUAUUUCUACCCUUGGCCCCUCCUUGCUUAACGCCAUCCUUGCAGGAAUUUCAAAAGGGUUUUCACUGUAUCUAUGCAAGCUUGGCUUGGAUACAGAGAUUCACAUUUUUCGGGUUAUUGCAGGUGAUCUAUAUUUAUUCACUCUGAUUUAAUUAAUGAGCUGGUUCGGUUCCAAGAAACGAAGAUCAUUUGAAUUCUCAAUGUCCAUAAAUGCUCAAUGUGGUAUUUUACUUUCUCCUCAGGACCCAGGUCCUCCGCCUCCCUCGCCAACCGUCGGACUAAAGCCUUUACAGUUACUGGAAAUCAAGGCACGGGGUCGAUUUGGAUGCGUGUGGAAAGCACGACUUAUGAAUGAUUAUGUGGCUGUAAAAAUCUUUCCUAGUCAGGUGAGCUGCCUUAAAAAGGGAUAAAGCAUUUGAUUACUGAGUUUACCAGUGUUACAGUCCCAGUCUAGUACAUAAAACUGUAAAACUUUAAUACUGUGUCAAUGGCUAAUUCCUGGUUCUGAAAAAGGUAAGUUCUCCAUAUCAAGUAAAAAUUAACUGGGAAAACAGUCUUGUUCUAAUAGAGAGUUCAAAGAAUAAUUACAUGGUGUAGCCUUUGUUCUAGUACAAGAGGUCUAGAAUGAUUACAUAGUGCAGUAUUGUUCUACUAGAGGAGGUAUAGAAUUAUGACAUAGUGCAGUGUUCUAGUAGAGGAGGUAUAGAAUGAUUACUAGAACAAUACUGCACCGUGUAAUCAUUCUAUACCUCCUCUACUAGAACAAUACUGCGCCGUGUAGAGGAGGUAUAGAAUGAUUUACACGGUGCAGUAUUGUUCUGGUAGAGGAGGUAUAGAAUGAUUACACGGUGCAGUAUUGUUCUCGUAGAGGAGGUAUAGAAUGAUUACACGGUGCAGUAUUGUUCUCGUCGAGGAGGUAUAGAAUGAUUACACGGUGCAGUAUUGUUCUCGUCGAGGAGGUAUAGAAUGAUUACAUGGUGCAGUAUUGUUCUCGUCGAGGAGGUAUAUAAUGAUUACACAGUGCAGUAUUUUGCUAGUAGAGGAGGUAUAGAAUGAUUACACAGUGCAGUAUUGUUCUAAUAGAGAAGGUAUAGAAUGAUUACACAGUGCAGUAUUGUUCUGGUAGAGGAGGUAAGAUUACAUAGUACAGUAUUGUUGUAGUUGAGGAGGUAUAGAAUGAUUACACAGUGCAGUAUUUUUCUAGUAGAGGAGGUAUAGGAUGAUUACAAGGUGCAGUGUUUUUCUCGUAGAGGAGGUAAGAUUACAUUGUACAGUAUUGUUCUAGUAGAGGAGGUAUAGAAUGAUUACACAAUGCAGUGUUUUUCUAGUAGAGGAGGUAUAGGAUGAUUACAUAGUGCAGUAUUGUUCUAGUAGAGGAGGUAUAGAAUGAUUACACGGUGCAGUAUUGUUCUAGUAGAGGAGGUAUGGAAUGAUUACAUAGUGCAGUAUUGUUCUAAUAGAAAAUGUAUAGAAUGAUUACACAGUGCAGUAUUCUCGUAGAGGAGGUAUAGAAUGAUUACAUAGUGCAGUAUUGUUCUAGUAGAGGAGGUAUAGAAUGAUUACACAAUGCAGGGUUUUUCUAGUAGAGAAGGUAUAGAAUGAUUACAUAGUGCAGUAUUGUUCUAGUAUAGGAGGUAUAGAAUGGUUACAUAGUGCAGUAUUGUUCUAGUAGAGGAGGUAUAGAAUGGUUACAUAGUGCAGUAUUGUUCUAGUAGAGGAGGUAUAGAAUUCUGCAGUAGAGGAGGUAUAGAAUGAUUACAUAGUGGUGCAGUAUUGUUCUUACACAGUGGUAUGUUUUUCUAGUAAAGAAGGUAUAGAAUGAUUACAUAGUGCAGUAUUGUUCUAGUAGAGGAGGUAUAGAAUGAUUACAUAGUGCAGUAUUGUUCUGGUAUAGUAUGAUUACACAGCACAGUAUUGUUCUCGUAGAGGAGGUAUAGAAUGAUUACACAGUGCAGUAUUGUUCUGGUAGAGGAGGUAAGAUUACAUAGUACAGUAUUGUUGUAGUAGAGGAGGUAUAGAAUGAUUACACAGUGCAGUAUUGUUCUAGUAGAGGAGGUAUAGAAUGAUUACACAGUGCAGUAUUGUUCUAGUAAAGGAGGUAUAGAAUGAUUACACAAUGCAGUGUUUUUCUAGUAGAGGAGAUAUAGCCAGAUUAUAAUAGUUCUUGUUCUGCUUUAAGGAUAUAAAAUUAAAAAUAGAUGCUGCUUACUCUUCAGUAACAAGGUUUGAAUUUCGAUGUAGAUUAGUCUUGUUCUUGCCACUGAUGUAGAUCUACAGCCUUUUAUUUUUGCAAAAUGAAAAUCCAUUCAGGGAUUGCUGAGAGAGACGUGUCUUCCUGCAUUGAAAAUUCUGAAGUGUUCUGUAAAGUACAUAUGGGAAUGAAGUGAGAUUUGUGAUUUUCUAAUUGAAAGCAAAUCAAUACUCUGGCUUUAUUGGCUAGGUGGUCUCUUGUAUUGUUUUCCCGGUGAGGGAGAAUGUGUUUAAUCUUAAAUAAAAAUGUCAGAUCUGCUGCAUGGAGUUUCCUUCUCUAAAUAUCCUUAAUGAAAUCUGUCAUAAAGACUGGUUGGCUUGUGUUGUGCGUACAAGCAAUACACAACUUUGAUAUUCUUAAAGGAACACUAUAUGGUCAAGAACACAAACCUGUAUUCCUGACUCUAGUGUUAAAAAUACCAUCUGGCCAUCUUUGCCCUCCAUAAAUAUAGUAUUAUCUUACCUUUACUCCAGUCUUCUGCUGCUGGCUCUGCCUGUUUGGCUGACAUAAUCAGAAGUGUUGCUGAAAACCAAUCACAAUGCUUUCCCAUAGGAAAGUAUUGUAUUGGCUGAUAUUGUCAAGGAGGGCAGAUCAUGGGAAGAGCCAGCACAAGUCAAACACAGCUCUUGCCAAUCAGCAUCUCCACAUAGAGAUACCCUGAAUCUGUGCAUCUCUGAGGAAAGUUUAGUGUCUGCAUGCAGAGGGUGGAGACAUGAAAUGUCAGUCACACUGUGUAGCACUGCCCCAGGAAGCACCUCUAGCAGCAAUAUGAGCAGUGGCCAGUAGAUGAUGUAUCCCUAGGCUGUAAUGUAAAUAAUGCCGUUUCUCUGCAAAAAUACAAUAAGCUGUAGCUGUUUUGGUGACUAUAGUGUCCCUUUAAGUAUUCUCUAUCUAUAUUGUCUAUUCUAUCUGUCAAUCGAUUGAGAGAUAUCAACAUGUACUACUUUAUAUCCUCAUCAAAAGAUAAUUCCAGCAGAAUAUAUAUAUAAUCUGAUGGAGGAAACAAAAAUAGGACUUUGUGACUUUAAGGAGUUUUUUGUGAUCCCUACACCCUAAAGCACAUCCGCUUAACUGAAACAAACUGAACCCCAAUCCAAAUGCGAGAUAGCUUACUAAGCCAGCCUUUUGUCCCCCUGCAGGUCCAACUGUGAUUUAUUUUAGCCAUUAGAAGUCCAAAUUAUUUAAUUUGAGCUCAUGCAGUAGCGAAGGGUAACUUAAUCCAAAUUAUAAUAAAUUGGUGUUACUGCUUUUAUUCACGUUAAACUACCCGAGCUGGGAGUCUCAUGUUCAUUCCUUUGUGUGCGUUGAACGCUAUACAGAUUGAACUUUCGCUCCGUCUUGGCUCUUUACCAGCAGACAUGGGGGGCGGGAGGGGGGUGGGGGGUUUGGAAGCUCAGCUUUGCCCUGUAAAUCACUAAGCCCGGCUCUCAUUAUACCAUGCUCAGCACUCAUUAUAGGCAGAUCCGUUAGCCGGAUUCAUUCAUAUUCCGGUCAGGCAAAUUCACCAUUGAUUCACUUUCUAAAGUUCUUCAGCAUUAAAUUAAAUAAAAAUAUCAACAAUGAAAAUUUGGACAGGAAUCUUACUUCCUCUUCAGUAAAAUGUUCUUCCUUGGUGGGGGGGAGGGGGAAUGGAAAUGUGUACAAAACACAUGUAAAUGAACCGUUUUUGUUCAAUCAAAGUCUGAUUCAAUUUGUCUUCAUUAGAACAAAUAUUUUGAUAGAUUUGCAAGUUUCUGUGCAAAAAUACCUCAGUGGCCUUCUAGGAAUUUUAUGAGAACUUGCCAGACUCGGCACUUCUCUCCAUUUUCUUAGGUUUAAGACAGACUUGCUGUACAGCUUUACAGGAGGCAAGUUUAUACAUUCUCUUAACAGUCUAAAACACAUCUAGUGGUAACAUUUUUCCACAACCUUUUUUUAAGAUCCAAGAAUUAACUUUGAUCAUGUGACCAGCAUUACUACAUGGUAUAGUAUAAUAUCUAUUUGUGUGUAUAUAUGUUAAAGAAAGAAUGAUGUACUGUUUGUGGAGAGGGCUAUGUCCUGCCCCUGGUAUCUUUUCCCCAUUUCAUUAAAGUUUGUGAAGCGCCUGCAGUUUCAGCUCCCACGUUGAAUUAACUUUUCACUAGACAGAACCGUCUGUCCAAUUGCUAAUAGGACAAAUGUUUAUACAGCUGGGUAAAAAGAUCCCUCAAUUGAAGCACGGCUCCCAGAAAACUUAAAUGCUUAAUAGAGACGGGAAUAGUCCCCACAAGGACAAAAGUUAUGCUUUCAUUGAUUUUAAAUUCUAAACUCCUAGACCUGCAAAAUCACAUCAUUAUAUUCGAGAAAAGUGCUUUUCUUUCUGUAGUCCGAAGACAAUUUGUCACAUUAGAAUGCCCUGAACAUUGUUCCUUAUUAUUAUUAUUGUUACUUGUUUUGCGGAGUUAUCACGAUCAUGAAUCAUUUUCUCAUCCUGUGAAUACGGUUAAAUUGUUGUAUUUUUGUUAGAUAUUUUGUUAAUGUUGAGCAGUUGUGAUAAUCAGAUUACACCUUCUCUGUCUAAACUUCUACAAGCAUCAGACUGACUGGCUCUCUAAAAAUUCAAAGCCACACAAAUAGAAUGAGCAGAUUGGGAGUCAAUACAAGUCACGUGAUUAGCUAACAUUUGUUUACAAAUAAAAACUUGCUCUUUCUGUUGUUCAUUAUUAACCAAACAAGACAAGUAGGACAAAAAACAUUUAUUGCUUAAUACACAGAUUUUCCUUUCAUAGCAUCGCAUCUUAACACACAUAUUACAGUUUUGCGAGUAACUUCACUCUCCAUGUACAGUGAAACUAGAUUUAUUUUUUCUUCCUUCCGCCUCCGUUAAUUUUUUUUUUUUUAAUUUAAAUCCUCCUGACAUAAAGAUUUUCUGUUUCCCAGGAUAAGCAGUCAUGGCAGAGCGAAAAAGAAAUAUUUAACACCCCAGGCAUGAAACAUGAAAACCUCUUGCAAUUCAUUGGAGCAGAGAAGAGGGGUGCAAACCACGAGAUGGAGCUGUGGCUGAUAACUGCAUUUCACGAUAAGGUUCGAUGCAGAUUUCUUAUUCGCGCAUGUACCUUGUGCACACUCUGUUCUCGUUUCCUGCCCACCUCAAAAUGAUGCUGUUACUUUGUCAUUCGUGCUUCAGUAACUGAUUAAAGGAGCUGAUCUUCUGGAAAAGAAAUACUUCUUGCAUGUUCUGAUGGCAAAAAUUAAUUAGCAGAGAUGCCAUCCAAUCCUCCAGAAAUUCACUAAACUGGGGUUUGACAAGCUCAUUGUAGAGUUUAGGCCAAUUUAGCUGAGCAGGAGAUGAUUUUUUUUUUUUUAGGUUCAGUUAUUUUGGCAUAGAAUGUUUAAUUCCCUAGUCCAUUCCCUUCAGUUCUCACUAAUGAAUAACCCUGUCUGUAAAGAUUAAUACCAGGUAGGUUAAAAUAUAGACCACAUGCAUCUACAGCAUCAUUUACUUCCUGAUCCUUUCUGUCAAAGCAAGUUCACUAUUUUAUUUCUUUAUUUUUAUUUCUAAACCUCCUUUCAUGCAGGGCUCGCUCACAGAUUACCUGAAAGGAAAUGUAGUCAGCUGGAACGAAUUAUGUCACAUCGCAGAAUCAAUGUCUCAUGGCUUGGCUUAUCUCCACGAGGAUGUGCCGCAUUGCAAAGGGGAAGGACACAAACCUGCAAUCGCUCACAGGUAACAAUGGAUUAGUGUGUCUCUAUCUCGAUGUGGCAGAUUUUGACAGAACCUCAGGAUAGGUUUUUAUCUCCCAAGGAAUUGUAGGAUGUGUGUGACCUGAUUCUGUUGCAACAAAUCUAUAUCCAGCAGUGUUGUACUUUUAUCCUGUAUGGUGCAAUUGGGGUGAAGUGCACAUUAUCCUGGAAUGUCUGCCAUUGUAUUAAAUAAUGUUGCAUAAUCUGCUUUGGUUUAUAAAAAGAAUCGACAAGUACUCCUGUCGAGACUUUAUUGUACAUUCCGUGGAAAUAGAAUACCUAUCGUUCAUGUCUGCAAUUUUUAUAAGGAAUCCUAAUUUCAUAGGAUUUUUAAUACACACUAUAACUAUUAAGAGGUCGAAAAAUUUUAAACUGAUUAACGAUAUCCUCACGGCUGUAUUUACCCCUAUACUGGAAGUGUGUGCCUCCCACUUGGGUCCCAUUUUUAGAAGUUCUGCUCUUUGCACUGACAAGUCACCAUGGAGAGCGCAUAAUAAACAAUGUUUCUGGUUUUUAUCCUGCAACUCAGUGUGUGCCCUGCAUGUGCCAGACCUAUACUGGAUCGCGAUGACAAUUGUUAAAUCCACAUAAAACAAAAGGUUAAUAAAGGUUACAAGGGAUUUUUAAAGUAUUUUUCAAUAGUGUGAUGUACUAGAGAAUGACCGGCGGCUAGAAUUAUAUAACAUUUACUAUAUAAACCUUCUCAUUACUUACAUAGUGUAUGGACAAAUAUGUAAAUGGCACAUAAAAUGCUAACGUUCAGUGAGUGACAGUAUCAGAUGGUGUUUACUUCACAGUCUCAUUUAACUCCCUUAAUAAUGACAUUAACUUUUUGCUUAGCAUGAAAAAAAAAGGAAAAUUUCUAGCAAUUUAAAGGACCACUAUAGGCACCCAGACCACUUCAGCUCAAUGAAGUGGUCUGGGUGCCAGGUCCAUCUAGGAUUAACCCUGCCUGCUGUAAACAUAGCAGUUUCAGAGAAACUGCUAUGUUUACAAAUGGGUUAAUCCAGCCUCUAGUGGCUGUCUCAUUGACACCCGCUAGAGACGCUUCUCACAGUUAUUUUCACAGUAAGAAGACGCCAGCUUUCCUAUAGACUGGAUGAAUGCACCCUCAGGGCACUAUAGUGCCAAGAAAACGAGUUUGUUUUCCUGGCACUAUAGUGUCCCUUUAACCCCUUAAGGACCAAACUUCUGGAAUAAAAGGGAAUCAUGACAUGUCACACAUGUCAUGUGUCCUUAAGGGGUUAAGUACAGCCAUUACGUGGCUGCAACAGUAAUGGUAAAAGUCUGGAUAAAGUCUUCGGCAUUUUUUUUUUAAACAAAAAACAAACAUAUCUUCAAGUGGAAAUGCUAGAUUAUGAUUAAAUAUAAUGAAAAAUGUUGUACACGCUGAGACCGGUUUCUUUACAAGUGCGUAAUCUGACUUGUCUCUCAUCCACGAAGGUAAUCCACGUCUGAAAUGCCAGGCAAGCUCCCUGUACUUGGCAGGAAAUGCAAAACCAACCCAGGUGUUAACCAGCCGCACUUCUGACAUGUGUCUGUGUUCCUCUGUGCAGAUUGUAGAACAUUAGAAUGAAAGAAUGUAGAGAUAGUCAAGAGAGACUAUAGCAUGUUGAUACUGUCUCCCCAAAUAACAUGGUUUUUCAUAAACUGAACGGGUAAUUUAGGAAGAGAAGAAACGUGACAGUGCGCAUGCAUGUGUGUGUUGUAGGUGUAUAUGUAUGUAUGUGUGUGUAUAUCUCCUACAAGAUCCAGCGCACUUACUUAUUCACUAAACCGUAAUUUCAAAGCUCACAGAAAGUCUCUGUGAGGACUGAAACAUUGAUAUUUAUUUUUGUUGUGCUAGAACACUCGCUGCUUAAAAUAAAGUGGCAUUUCUUUUCAUCACAAGUAGGUCUCCUAAGUGCUCUCUUGCAAGCUGAUUUCUAUACACUAUAUGAACAAAAGUAUUGGGACACUUGACCAUCAGGGACUUUUAUUAAAUCACAUUCUAAAUACAUAGACAUUAAUAUGUAGUUUGUCCCCCCUUUGCAGCUAUAACCGCUUCUGCUCUUCUAGGAAGGCUUUUCACAAGAUUUUGUAGUGUUUUUUUUGGGGGGGGGGAAUUUUUGCCCAUUUUUCCAGAAGAGUAUUUGUGAGGUCAGACACUGAUGUUGGACAUAAAGGCCUAGCUCGUAAUCUCCAAUCCAGUUCAUCCCAAAGGUGUUAGAUGGGGUUGAGGUCAGGGUUCUGAUCUUCCACACCAAACUCAACCAACUAUGUCUUUAUUGACCUUGCUUUGUGCAUGGGGCACAGUCAUGCUAAAAUAGAAAAGGUCCUUCCCCAAACUGUUCCAACAAAGUUGGAAGCAUAGCAUUUUUCAAAAUGUCUUGGUGUGCUGGUAUUCAGAAUUAAGAUUUCCUUUCACUGGAUGUAAGAGACCUAGCUGGGCAUUGUAUUUGGUGAUGUGAAGCUUGCAUGCAGCUGCUCAGCCAUGGAAACCCAUUCCAUGAAGCUCCCGUUGCACAGUUUGUGUGCUGAUCUUGAUGCCAGUCACAGUUUGGAACUUUUCAGCUAUGAAAUCAGCACAGUGUUGGUGACUUUUACAUGCCUUAGCACUCAAUGACCCCACUCCAGGACUUUAUGUGGUCUUCUGCUUCGUGACAGAGUUGCUGCUGUUCCUAAACGCUUCCACUUUCCAAUAAUAGCAGUUGACCGUGGAAUAUCUAGCAGGGAUGAAAUUUCAUGAACUGACUUAUUGCAAAGGUGGCAUCCUAACACCAUACCAUGCUGUAAUUUACUGAGCUCUUUUUUUCACAAAUCUUAUAAAUGCAGACUGCAUGGAGAUGUCACAUACACAUUUUGUUAAAGUAUGGGGGCGGGCUUUUGGGAGGAGUGUGGUUGUGUAUUUUUUUUUUUUAUAUAUAUAUUUUUUUCUCUCCAUAAUUAGAAUUAAAUAUAUUGGCCUAUCAAGCCCUCGGUUUGCUUUUUCGUGAGCAUCUCUCUUGCUAAAUAUGACAGAUUCUAGGCUUAUUUGCGACCAUAUUUGGGAGCACUGGUCUCCUUGCUUGAAUUUAACUAUAACAUUCCUUUUGUGUCCAGGCUAGUGUCAGCAUUCCAUUUUAACAAUCCCAAGAUUCAUUUUCCAGAGCCAAAGCCACCUUUAGCUAAUGACCAAAUAUUCCAAACAAUUAGCCUGUAUCUCAUUACUAAAAGCCCAAUGCAUUAAUCUUUCUUUAGUGCAUUCUUGUAGCACAAACAUGGCAAAAAAUAAAUAAAAAGGUGGUGUUUUUUUGUUGUUUUGUUUUCUUCUUUUUUUCUUGGUUUUUUUUUUCCCCCAUGCACACCAUCUGCCGUUCGUUUUAUACAGAGACAGGCCGGGCAAUUCACAGUAGGGAACUUUGCCGGUUCACACUGGGGUGUGCCCAUUAUCCAAAAUAUAAAUGUACUUAAGACUCCUCUGUAAUGGUUUUGCUGGGGCAGAUGGAGCCGGGCUCAAGCUGGGUGAAACUGAUUUCCUCUGACGAAUGUGCUCUUCCCUAAAGAAUGGUGUGACAAAUUAGACACUCCAUCCAUUGUGUGGCUUUCUAUGGAUCAUUAGCCUCUCCUGAGUUUCCCCACUUUGAUAAUUUCAGCAUAUCCUGAUACAGCUACCUGCAGUUUUCACCACUCUCUACAUUUUUGAGGCUGUAAUAGUAACAUAUAUAUAUAUAUAUAUAUAUAUAUAUAUAUAUAUACAUAUAAAAAAACAAGAAAAAAACCUCACUCCCGGGAUUUAAUAUCACAAAAUAUAAAACUUAGAUUUAUUUACAUGAUCCAAUAAAAUGUCGGUUUCAGCUCCCAACUGAGAUCUUUCAUCAGGUUUUUUUUGUUGUUGUUGUCCUGAUGCCAAACCUGCAUUGGGCUUCAUCAGUUCUAACCAAUGUCAUGCCAAAGCAUGAGUUGGCAUUUGAUAUAAGUUGUUUUUGUACAUGUUGGGAUAACCUUUAUUGUAGGCUUUGAUCUUACACUAAAGAAAUAGAGGUCCAGGCACUCCUUGGUUCAAAAAUAGGCACUUUAAUUGAACCACAGCAAGAUUAGUAGUAAUUAGUAAUAAAUAGUAAUGUAACGUUACACGGGGAGUACUCGUAUAGCAAUGUAACGUUACACAGGGAGUACUCAUAUAGUAAUAAAUAGUAAUGUAACGUUACACAGGGAAUACUAAUAUAGUAAUAGUAAUGUAACGUUACACAGGGAAUACUAAUAUAGUAAUAAAUAGUAAUGUAACGUUACACUCGGAGUACUAAUAUAGUAAUAAAUAGUAAUGUAACGUUACACUCGGAGUACUAAUAUAGUAAUAAAUAGUAAUGUAACGUUACACUCGGAGUACUAUUAUAGUAAUAAAUAGUAAUGUAACGUUACACAGGGAGUACUCGUAUAGCAAUGUAACGUUACACAGGGAAUACUAAUAUAGUAAUAAAUAGUAAUGUAACGUUAUACAGGGAGUACUAAUAUAGUAAUAAAUAGUAAUGUAACGUUAUACAGGGAGUACUAAUAUAGUAAUAAAUAGUAAUGUAACGUUACACAGGGAGUACCAAUAUAGUAAUAAAUAGUAAUGUAACGUUAUACAGGGAGUACUAAUAUAGUAAUAAAUAGUAAUGUAACGUUACACAGGGAGUACCAAUAUAGUAAGGUAACGUUACACAGGGAGUACUAAUAUAGUAAUAAAUAGCAAUGUAACGUUACACAAGGAGUACUAACAUAGUAAUAGUAAUGUAACGUUACACAGGGAGUACUAAUAUAGUAAUAAAUAGCAAUGUAACGUUACACAAGGAGUACUAACAUAGUAAUAGUAAUGUAACGUUACACAGGCAGUACUAAUCUAGUAAUAAAUAGUAAUGUAACGUUACACAGGGAGUACUCGUAUAGUAAUAAAUAGUAAUGUAACGUUACACAGGGAGUACUCGUAUAGCAAUGUAACGUUACACAGGGAAUACUAAUAUAGUAAUAAAUAGUAAUGUAACGUUACACAGGGAGUACUCGUAUAGCAAUGUAACGUUACACAGGGAAUACUAAUAUAGUAAUAAAUAGUAAUGUAACAUUACACAGGGAGUACUAAUAUAGUAAGGUAACGUUACACAGGGAGUACUAAUAUAGUAAAUAGUAAUGUAACGUUACACAGGGAGUACUCGUAUAGCAAUGUAACGUUACACAGGGAAUACUAAUAUAGUAAUAAAUAGUAAUGUAACGUUACACAGGGAGUACUCGUAUAGCAAUGUAACGUUACACAGGGAAUACUAAUAUAGUAAUAAAUAGUAAUGUAACGUUAUACAGGGAGUACUAAUAUAGUAAUAAAUAGUAAUGUAACGUUACACUCGGAGUACUAAUAUAGUAAUAAAUAGUAAUGUAACGUUAUACAGGGAGUACUAAUAUAGUAAUAAAUAGUAAUGUAACAUUACACUCGGAGUACUAAUAUAGUAAUAAAUAGUAAUGUAACAUUACACUCGGAGUACUAAUAUAGUAAGGUAACGUUACACAGGGAGUACUAAUAUAGUAAUAAAUAGUAAUGUAACGUUACACAGGGAGUACUCGUAUAGCAAUGUAACGUUACACAGGGAAUACUAAUAUAGUAAUAAAUAGUAAUGUAACGUUACACAGGGAGUACUAAUAUAGUAAUAAAUAGUAAUGUAACAUUACACAGGGAGUACUAAUAUAGUAAGGUAACGUUACACAGGGAGUACUAAUAUAGUAAUAAAUAGUAAGGUAACGUUACACAGGGAGUACUCGUAUAGCAAUGUAACGUUACACAGGGAAUACUAAUAUAGUAAUAAAUAGUAAUGUAACGUUACACAGGGAGUACCAAUAUAGUAAUAAAUAGUAAUGUAACGUUACACAGGGAGUACUAAUAUAGUAAGGUAACGUUACACAGGGAGUACUAAUAUAGUAAUAGUAAUGUAACGUUACACAGGGAGUACUCGUAUAGCAAUGUAACGUUACACAGGGAAUACUAAUAUAGUAAUAAAUAGUAAUGUAACAUUACACAGGGAGUACUAAUAUAGUAAUAAAUAGUAAUGUAACGUUACACAGGGAAUACUAAUAUAGUAAUAAAUAGUAAUGUAACGUUACACAGGGAGUACUCGUAUAGCAAUGUAACGUUACACAGGGAGUACUAAUAUAGUAAUAAAUAGUAAUGUAACGUUACACAGGGAGUACUAAUAUAGUAAUAAAUAGUAAUGUAACGUUAUACAGGGAGUACUAAUAUAGUAAUAAAUAGUAAUGUAACGUUACACAGGGAGUACCAAUAUAGUAAGGUAACGUUACACAGGGAGUACUAAUAUAGUAAUAAAUAGCAAUGUAACGUUACACAGGGAGUACUAAUAUAGUAAUAAAUAGCAAUGUAACGUUACACAAGGAGUACUAACAUAGUAAUAGUAAUGUAACGUUACACAGGCAGUACUAAUCUAGUAAUAAAUAGUAAUGUAACGUUACACAAGGAGUACUAAUAUAGUAAUAAAUAGUAAUGUAACGUUACACAAGGAGUACUAAUAUAGUAAUAAAUAGUAAUGUAACGUUACACAGGGAGUACUCGUAUAGCAAUGUAACGUUACACAAGGAGUACUAAUAUAGUAAUAAAUAGUAAGGUAACGUUACACAGGGAGUACUAAUAUAGUAAUAAAUAGUAAGGUAACGUUACACAGGGAGUACUAAUAUAGUAAUAAAUAAUGUAACGUUACACAGGGAGUACUCAUAUAGUAUUAAAUAGUAAUGUAACGUUACACAAGGAGUACUAAUAUAGUAAUAUUCUGCACAGCAUUCUGUGAUAGAUCACAUGCCUAAAGUGAUGGCCAUCGAGUUUGUGCAAGCAUCUAUAUGCUCCUACAGAUACAGGGAUACAAAUCUCUAGAAAUAAUAUUAUUUGCAGGGAAGCAAUAUACAGGAAUUGAUCCCAUUUUUGUAAUUCAUUAUAUAAAUAAUAAAUUUAAAUAUGCAGAAACAUAUGAAUUUCAUCUUUUAGAUUGUAAGCUUGAACAAGGGCAUCUUUACUGAUUAUUCCCAUUUAUUAAACGUGUUUUGUCUUAUUUUACCUAUUCUGCAGAACGCGCUAUAUAAAUUGUCAUUUCACUGUAACUGAAUCUGUAAUAAAUAGAAAGGUUGUGUCAUCAUCUAAGGUUAGUCAAUAUUACAAUCAAAACGCUGGCUAUGUUUAGCCAUCGACCAGACACCUCAAAGAAAGAUCUACAUUUAAAUGAAAAAUAUAAGUUACAAGUUAUUUUCAGUAUUGUAUUUAAUUGUGUGAUUAUCAAUUUCCCCAUAAUAUUUACUGAAGCAAACUUUGUCAGCCACAUAUCUGGUGGAAAAAGAUUUUUAUUCAUACUGAGUUUUGCUUGUCCAUGCACCUGUUGUAGUUUAGAUUCUUAACGUGUGUUGGAUUUGCAAUUCUUGGAAACAAUGACUGAAGCUCAGUCUCCUGCUCCAGAUGAAAUUUAGUAAAAAAAUCCAAUUCCAAUGAGUUCACCUUCUACGUGUAAAAGUAUUUCUGUUUAUAUAGGAUAUAAAUAUGUUAAUAGAUGUUGUCGUGAAAGAAAAGACUUGACAUACAAAUGUGGGCGAGAAAAAAAUGUCAGUGGAUCAAUUAUUCUGAGUAAAUAACCCUGAGAUCAUUUGUUUAUUCUCUAAAGUUUAUUUACAGAAUCAAUUUAAAAAUGGGACAUACACAGUGUACCCACCCCUUAAUCUGGCUUUUCUUGCCUUUCUCGCUGCGUUCCAAUACCGAUAAAUUGACAUUUUGGAAAGCCUAACCUGUCAUUAACAUAUAACAAAAACAAUUAAGCCAAAAUAUGCAGUGACUUAAAUAGCCUAUAUCUAAAACAAUAUCAAGCAUCCUCUUCAAUAAUCUGUGUAUUGGAAAGUUUUCUCUAUAGGAUGGUACUAAAAAUGAGUCCUCUCCCCUGUGUUUCUUUUUACUCUAUUUAAUUAAAUGACACAGACCUAGCCUGCAGUUACAAUGGCUCUACUGGGAAAGACUAAAAUCUUCAUACAUUUUACUAUAGAGCAUAACCAUCUGUUAAACCGGCUUGUAAUCAAAUCCUAACCAAAUGUAUGAUGUGACGUACAGUUUUCUUUUACUUACGUGCUGCUCAGAACAAGAAUCCUUCCUCUUCUAUCUGAUCAUUGUUUUUUUAUUUUUGUAGCAGUUUAGUCAGAAAGUGCCAUUUCUACUUAAAUUGACACGUGAGGCCCCCAACUAAAUAGCUGCUAGAACAUUGUAGCGUUAGGAAUGUUCAUAUGUUAAACUCUGCUGUUAUUCCACCAUUGGUAGCCAAAAGUAAUCAUUUCUCCAUAUCUAUUUGUUCAACUUUAUAUAUUAAAGGGACCCUAUAUUCACCAGAACAACUACUGCUUAAUGUAAUUGUUCAUGUGAGUAUGGUCAGUCCCUGCAGGCUUUUUGCAGUAAACGGUGUCUUUUCAGAGAAAAUGCAGUAUUUACAUUACAACCUAGGGAUACCUCCACUGGCCACUCCUCAGAUGGCUGCUAGAGGUGCUUCCUGGGGCACUGCUGCACAGUGUGACUGAGAUUCAUUGUCUCCACUAAACUUUUCUCAUAGAGAUGCCCCUGGCCCACCCCCUGGCUGAGUUUAUCAGAAUUGACCAUCUCAGCCUAUCCCAAUGCUUUAUUAUGGGAAAGCAUUGUGUUUGGCUGAGAUCAUCACGUCUGAUGAUGUUGGCUAAGGAGGCAGAUUAGGUGCAAAACCAGCAGCAGUAGACUGGAAUAAAGGUAAGAUUUUACAUUAUUGAUGGACCGGAGUGGGGGGGAAGGAGUUGUUUAGUUAGUUUUUAAUACUAUAGGGUCCGGAAUACAUGUUUAUGCUUGUAGUGUUCCUUUAAAAAUAAAUCUAUACUCAAAGUGUAAUUCUGUCUAAAAAAAUAAAACAUUUGACCCUAAAGAUAUGGACUUAAAAAUAGGGAUCGACCGAUAUUGAUUUUUUUAGAGCCGAUACCGAUACCGAUAUUCUGUGAACUUUCAGGCCGAUAGCCGAUAUAAUUUGCCGAUAUUCUGUACAUUUACCAUUUUGGAAAAUAAAAACUAUUUCUAAAGGUAAAUGCACAAAAUAUACAUGCCACGUGUAGUGGAUGCAGUGUGACAGGGGAGCUGUGUGUGUGUGUGUAGUGGAUGCAGUGUGUGUCUUUGUGUAGUGUGUGUGUAGUGGAUGCAGUGUGUGUCUUUGUGUAGUGUGUGUGUAGUGGAUGCAGUGUGUGUCUUUGUGUAGUGUGUGUGUGUAGUGGAUGCAGUGUGUGUUUGUGUAGUGUGUGGGUUGUGGAUGCAGUGUGUGUUUGUGUAGUGUGUGUGGAGGAUGCAAUGUGUGUUUGUGUAGUGGAUGCAGUGUGUAUUUGUUUAGUGUGUGUAGUGGAUGCAGUUGUAUUUGUUUAGUGUGUGUAGUGGAUGCAGUUUGUAUUUGUUUAGUGUGUGUAGUGGAUGCAGUGUGUAUUAGUGUAGUGUGUAUAUAAUGAAAGCAGAGUGUUUGUGUAGUGUGUGGGUAGUGUGCGUAAAGUGAAUGCUGUAUAUACUAAAUGCAAAGUGUGUGUGUAUAUAAUGAAUGCAGAGUGUGUGUGUAUUUGUGUAGUGUGUGUAUAGUGAAUGUAGUGUGUGUUUGUAUAGUGUGUGUAUAUAAUGCAGUGUAUUUGUGUGCAUUGUAUACAAACACACACUAUACAAACACACACUGUAUUAUAUACACAGUGUGUUUGUGUAGUGUCUGUGUAUAUAAUGGAGUGUGUGAGGGGGAAUUUUUUAUUAAAUUAUUUUUUUAUAUAUAUAUUUAAUUAUUAUUUUUUUGUCCCCCCUCCCUGCUUGUUACCUGGCCAGGGAGGGGGGAUAUGACAGUCCCUGGUGGUCCAGUGGUAUUGGCUGAGCUGGGGGGGGCGGAGAACAAGCAUUUACUCACCUCCCAGCAGCUCCUCCAGCUCCCCAGUGCAACUCUCGCGGCCAGCGUGUCGCGCGGAGCGUUGCCAUGGUGAUCCAUGGCAACGCUCUGACGGCCGCGGGUCUCACGAGAGUUACACUUGGGAGCCGGAGAAGCUGCUGGGAGGUGAGUAAAUGCUUGAUGCCCGCCCCCCCAGGACCGCCGGGCUUGUAAUGAGCCUGGCGGUCCUAGGAGGUAUUAUCGGCAAUAUCGGUAUCUGAAUUGGCCGAUACCGAUAUUGCCGAAAAUACCGAAUAUCGGCCGAUUAUAUCGGUAAAACCGAUAAUCGGUCGAUCCCUACUUAAAAAGAGACUAGCACAUAAAAAAAUAACCCCAUUUAGUUCUUAAAUAUUAACACAUUAUCUUGUCUUUUCCAACUGCACAAUACAAUAUAGCCUUAGAAACCUUUAUUUUAUUCAGAAUAAAACAACCCGUUACCCAUGAUAUUCAGCGCUUUGAAUUUAUUUGAAGUGGUAGGAGUCUAGUUGAAAAGAGCUAUAGUUACACACGUGACAAACAGACUGGAACUCUGCUAGUUACACCCCGGCAGGCGUGACUUAAAUAGCCUUGAGCUCUAUUCCAGGCUGCCUAAUAUCAAUUCUGUACAAAAAUUACAGUUGUCAUCAGCGCACACAGUACGCUGAUGACAGAUGUAUUCCGCUUCUCCCUUGCAGACAGCUUGCUCUCCCAGUUGGUGUUCCGCGGAACACUAGUUGGGGUUCCGCCAAAAAAAUGGCAGCGGCCGGCGAGGGAGCAGUGAGCUCUGAUCUCCCUGCUCAGCUCUCUCGCGCGCACAGCAGUGAUGCUGGAGCCGGAAUAUGAUGUCACUCCGGCUCUGGCAUUACUAGGAGGCGCCCGCUCACCUGUCUGCCAGACCUCCCGACCGCCAAGCUGCAGCCAGCCCAACUGGACCCCAGGAAAAAAAAAAAAAAUUGUAUGUGUGUCUGUUAGGGAGUGUUUGUGUGUUUGUCAGUGAGAGUGAAUGUGUGCUUGUCAGUGAGUGUAUGUGUUUGGCAGUGAGAAUGUAUCUGUUCUUGUCAAUGAGAGUGUAUAUGUGUUUGUAUGUUUUUCUGUAAAAGCGUGUGUGUUUGUCAGUGAGUGUUUGUCAGUGAGAGUGUAUGUCAAAGAGUGUGUGUGUAUCUGUGUCAAGAUUUGUGUCACUGUGUGUAUCAGUGUUUGUAUGUGCCAGUGUGUAUCAGUGUGUUUGUAUGUGCCUGUGUGUAUGAGUGUGUCAGUGUGUAUCUGUGGGUGCAAGUGUGUGUAAGUCACUGUGUGUAUCUGAGUGUGUGUGUAUUUGGGCAUCAAGGUGUGUGUAUCUGUGUGCCACUAUCUGCCAGUGUGUGUAUCUGUGUGUCAGAUUCAUACACACUGGCACAUAAAAAUACAGAUACACACACGUUGAUACAGACACAUACAAACACAGAUACACAGACUUUGAAACAGACGCACACACCUUGACACACAGAUACAUACAUACAUACAUACAUACACAGAUACACACUGUGUGUCAAGGUGUGUGUGUGUAUCUGUGUGCCACUAUCUGUCAGUGUGUAUCUGUAUGAUGUUGAUACACUAUGUCAAAGGGUUCCACGGGAAAAAUUAAUUGGGAAACCCUGGCUUAGAGGAUGCAGACUGAGCCAGUAAAACGAGGAUGCAGACUGAGCCACAAGCUUCGCUGAGAAAUCAUUGAUUGAUCUGCGCGAUACCCUUGGUGCCGUUGCAAGAGGUGUGGAGGUCCUGGCUGGGUGCUUUGCCUGGUGCUGGAUUCUAGUUAAGUAAAAAAAAAUUUUUUGCAGGUGGGUGCUCUAAAAUAGUGGGGAUAUUAACGUUAAAAAAUUUUAAAAAGUUAAGUGCCAGUUUGGAAAACGUGCUCAAAGUAUCAAUCAGCAAACUGGAAACCGGUUUACAAAAAAAAUCCUUUGCAUUUGAUGUGACAUAUCCUGGUUUGCAACAUUGUCUCUGACUUAAGAAACACAUUUGACACUGACUCUUAAUUUGCAGAUUCAGAGUGUGAAAGUACCAUAGCUGUAAUGUUUCUAAUGCAAAAGCGAUAUUAAAACGAUAUUAAGUUGAGUAAUAUGAAACAGAACCAAACAGCAUAUGCUAAAUGUUUGUAAUUGAUUUUUGUCCCAACCAUGUAUUAGAUUGUGUUUACCACCUCUAGCAGCAUGUACGCUCAUUGAGCUGGGCCAUCAACCCCUCUGUUCCUGUGUGUCCAACUCGUCUGGUUACAACUACAUGUUUGUUCGUCCAUCCACUGUAAAGUGCUGUGUAAUUUGUUGGCGUUAUAUACAUAAUAACAUAAUUAUAAUAAUAAUGAGUAAGCCAUUUUUUAUUUGAAAUGUUUGUGGCAAAUUAAGGCAUGUAAUAUAUUGUUAUUGUAUAUAUUUAAUAUCUAAAGCUAUCUAUUUUUUAAAUUUUUAUUUUGAAAUUUUUUUUGUAUAGGGAUUUCAAAAGUAAAAACGUCCUCUUGAGAAACGACUUGACAGCGAUAUUAGCGGACUUUGGGUUGGCAGUACGGUUUGAACCAGGAAAGCCCCCGGGAGAUACUCAUGGACAGGUAAAUCACACUGAAUCUGUAAUCAAUGAGAACAUCAUGUAUUUAUCUAAAAUUGGCUCAUUCCCCAGACCAAAAACACUGGUCACGUUUAGCUAGAAACAGGUUUAGGCUUCCUUUCCAGGAAGUAGCUAUCACAACGGCUUCCUCCCCAUCAGGAGUCCAGAUCUGUUAAUCAUGUGAGAUCACUUAUUUCAUCCUUCUUGAGACGUGCACCACCGUGGAUAAUGAGACUUGCACGUUACACUCGAUCUGUUGCAUAACAGGGGGAAUGUUGGUAGUUAUGUUCAAAGUAUCAUUACUUGCUCUUACCCCGAGAUCAGAAGUAGACAACCUUGGGCACUCCAAAGUUUGUGUUACAUAUCCACUAAUGCUCUUACUGUCAUAAUGCUGGCAAAGCAUCAGCGGAGAUUUAGUCCACGACAUGUGGUUUGCUGAAGGCUGCCUUCCUCUGCCCUAGGGCUAGUAAGAAAUGGAAUUAAAUGCCAUUUGUGUAUGAAUAAAGGUGUACCUCACAGUUGUCAAUAGACAGGAAUAUGUAACCCUUUGUAGAUCAGUGCAAUUGCCGAGCAUGGCCUUUAUGUCAGCAUCUGUUUUUAAAGUUGUAGAAUGGACGUCUUCUGAUUUAACAUUUCAGCACUCCUUGGUGGCUUAAUUUGACACAAAAAAUGCCUGUUCAGCCAUUGUUUAUGUGUAGCUGAGCUUUCACAAUUCACCUUAACAUGUGUAUCUGCUGAUCAUCCAGUGGUUCAUUAAAGGGGAAAGAUGAUGAGCUCUGAAAUGUUCUCUCUCCAGGUUGGCACCAGGCGGUACAUGGCUCCAGAGGUGCUAGAGGGAGCAAUUAACUUUCAGCGAGAUUCCUUUCUCAGGAUAGACAUGUACGCCGUGGGGCUGGUCCUCUGGGAAAUUGUAUCCAGAUGUACGGCAGCUGACGGUGAGUCUUUGGUUCCCUCUUGUGGUUGUAGAUGUCACUGUUUACAAAAGUUACAUGUUUUUCCAAGAUGUAUCAUGCUAUAACCACAUAAUUUAUAUUUCUCAUUAUUACCUUUAAUCUGGUAAAUAAUAGAGGAAUGGAUUAUGGAUAUUCAAUAGUAUGUCAAUCCUAUGGAACUUUUAUUAAAGUAAAUCCAUUCUUAUGCUAUAUAUUAAAUAAAUAUGCUGAAAAUAUUCACAAAAAAUACUUCUAACUGAAAUGCCUUUUCUCCUUUAUAAUGACACAUUCCUGGUGUCUAUUUCCAUAUCUCACUGCGAAGAUAGUUGCCUGGCUUUUUCCUCUUUGUGUAAAGCAUCAGAGCCUCAAUGAGACUGUUUUUCAGUUGCCACUUGAGCACAACUUGCCAUUAGAUUGCUGCCAUAAUUUUACUGGGUAAUCAGAGUAUUGACGCCUUUGUCGUUGUUAUUUAAAGGGAUAUGCUGUAGGCCCUAAUGGUAAAUUAUAUGUCUGAAUACGUGCAGGUAAAGACUUUUUACUGAUCUGUGCUGUGAGUGGAAUAUCUGUGUGUAAAUGGGUCAUAUGGUGCUAGCCAGUCCUGAGAAAUUACUUACCACUGUAAGCCACAGCAUACUCACCAGGGGUGAAUAUCUACUUGCCAGGGCUAAAUGUUCAAAUCCCAGUGUGUGUGUUUCUUACUUGAUCUUAUUUAUUUUCUUUUUUUAUAGACACUCACAAAUGUUUUUUUCAAAAUUUGAUUAGUUAUUACAUUCACUAGUUACUCCAGCUAUGCGUCUAUGCACCACUAAGCCCAUUUUUUUGUUUGCAAAGUAAUAAACUGAGCAAAAAACCAACAAGAAUUUAGUAUGAAGUGCUGCGACCAUACUAAAUUUAACCCAGAUAGAAAGGCAUACAGAGUGAGAGCCGGUUUUGGCAUUUCAGAAUCUGAAAAUAAUUUGCGUGUAUUGACAACAGAAUGUUUAAACAUCAUGGAUUUAGGCACUUUUGAGUCUAAACAAAAUGUGAGUUUAUUUAUCAAGAAAAUGAUGAAUUCUUGUGUCUAUAGGCCCAGUUGAUGAGUACAUGCUGCCAUUUGAAGAAGAGAUUGGCCAACAUCCGUCAUUAGAAGACCUUCAGGAUGUUGUGGUGCACAAGAAGAUGCGGCCGGCAUUCAAAGAGCAGUGGUUAAAACAUCCUGUAAGCGCUGCUUCCUUCCAUUGUUAAUUUUUUGAAAGCCCCUAUUUAGAAAAGAACAGAGUGGUGUUAUAUGAAAUAAAUAAAGUUUGCAAGGCAAUGUUAAUAAAACCAGACCUGGUAGUGAGAUGUGUGCAGUAGACAUGUGCAAAAAUUUGUCAGAAUAAAAUUCCAAUUGUCAAAUGUAUAGAUUCCAAAAACUUGGUUUGUACACAAACAAACCAAAUUAGAAUCAUCUGAAUUAAAAGGAUUUCAAUUAGGGUGAUUCUGAUUCGGUUUGUUUAUGAAUAAACUGAAUCUUCUAAAUCAUCUCGUUCUCGAUUCCUAGGACUUUUAUUUAAACGAAUUGCUUAAAACUCAUUUUUGCACGUGUCUAGUGUUCAGAUAUGCUCAGGUCCUAAUUUAGUCUGCCCUAAAAUUUAGCACUCUAUUUAAUUGUGGGCAAUAUACAUGUAUAGAUUAUUGGUUGCCACAUCAUUUUUCCUAUUUAGAAACUAUUUGAAGAAACUUCCCUAUGGGCUGCAUGCUGUCUUACUGUUUAGAUCAUGGGUGUCCAACCUUUUGGCUUCCCUGGGCCGCAUUGAGCGCAGAGAAAUUGUCUUGGACCACACAUCAACUAUAUUAGACAGAUAAUGUAUAUAAGUAAUAUAACUAUAAAAGCCCUUUUCUUAAUUUUGAUAUUUCAGUUGUUUAGUAGAUAAAACCCUUAUUUGUUAACCUUAUGUGGUAUUGGCAUAUUUAAGGAUACCAAAUUAGGGAGCUAUCUACUAAACAUAUACAUAUGCACACAUAACCACAGAUAUACACACACACAAUCCGACAUACACACAAUCACAAAUACUUACACAUACAAUCACAGACAUAUACACACAGUCACAUACAUACACGAUCACAGACACACAGACCUAUACACACAAUCACAUAUGUGCUAACACACAAUCACAGGCCUGUACACACAAUCACAUACAUAUAUACAUACACAUACAAUCACACACCUAUACAUAUAUACAUACACAUACAAUCACACACCUAUACACACACAAUCACUGACAAAACAUACACACAUUUAAUAGUACUUGCUCAGGGAGGCUUGAAUGGAUCCUCUGUUUCUGGUGGCUAGCGAUUUGCUGCCGAUGACUGCAUAUCCCAGCGCCUGGCUGAUGGCAGGGCGCACAAAGGAGCUGUCCAGGAGGAGCACAGAAUGGAAUGUGCUCCCUGCCUCCCACGCCGGCUGGCAGCACAAACGGCAGCUGGGCGGCACUGCUAGCGGUCCCGGGCCACAGGUUGGAUACCACUGGUUUAAAGCUUCUUAAAUCAUUGUUUCUACUUGUAACGGUGCUGAAGAUUAUUCAUUUUUGGCAUUAUUAGACAGUUAUUAAUAAUAGCACUUUACAGAUAUGUAUACAGUCAUUAAUUGUAUUUAAAGAGACUAAAUGGGUUUUGUGUCAGAAAUUAUUUUUGGAAAACAAACAUUAUGAACUCAUUGUGUGCCUUUGUGUUGUCAGGGACUGGCACAGUUAUGUGUCACCAUCGAGGAAUGCUGGGACCACGAUGCAGAAGCACGACUCUCAGCUGGCUGCGUAGAAGAGCGUAUUUCCCAGAUUCGCAAAUUAGUAAAUGGCACUACCUCGGACUGCCUUGUAUCCAUCGUUACAUCUGUCACCAAUGUGGACUUACCACCCAAAGAGUCCAGUAUCUGA